AUGGCUUUUGUUUAUGUCGCUUUAACCCUUUUUCAGGGACGGUUUUUCUUUUUACGAUCUUUAAUUUGCUUAUUUCGUCGCCUAUCAUUUUAUUUUUCCUUCCUUCCUUCAUUCUUUCUUUCUUUUGUUUUUCUUUCUUUCUUUCAUUUUUCAUCUUUCUUUCUUUCUUUCUUUCUUUCUUCCUUUCUUUCUUUCUUUCUUUCUUUCUUUCUUUCACUGUUCUGUCAAAUGCAGAUUUUUAUUUCGUUUUUUUCUUUCUUCUUUUUCCCCUUAUAUAAAAAGUUUCAUCUUUCUUUCUUUCUUUCUUUUUUCUUUCUUUCUUUCUUUCUUUCUUUCUUUCUUUCUUUCACUGUUCUGUCAAAUGCAGAUUUUUAUUUCGCUUUUUUUUUCUUCUUUUUUUCCUUAUAUAAAAAGUUUCAUCUUUCUUUCUUUCUUUCCUCCUUUUUUCUUUUCUUUCUUUCUUUCUUUCUUUCUUUCUUUCUUUUUUUUUUUCACUGUUCUGUCAAAUGCAGAUUUUAUUUCGCUUUUUUUCUUUCUGUUUUCCUUUAUAUAAAAAAGUUUCAUCUUAUUUUCCUUUCUUUCUUUCUUUCUUUUUCCUCAUUUAUCAUUCUCACUUCAUUUAAGCUUGUUAAAAUUCUUUUCUUUUCUUUAUUUUUCAUUUUCUUGCGUCAAAUUUACCCUUUUUCUUUCUUUUCGUUCUUUUUGUCUAUCAACUACAGUGUUUCUUUUCUUUCAUCUUUCUCUUUUACUUUAUUUCAUUUACUGUUUUAUUUUUAUCUUCAUUCAAACUUAUUUUUAAGUUCUCUUUUGUUUCAAUCAUUACCAUUUCCUUUCUUUUCUCUUCUUUCUUUUCUUCGAAGAAAUAUAGCUUUUUCUUUUACUCUCUUCCUUUUGUCUUUUUCUUUCGUCUUUUCUCUCUCACUGUUCCGUUUCUUUCUUUCUUUCUUUCUUUCUUUCUUUCUUUCACUGUUCCAUCAAAUGCAGAUUUUUCUUUCGCUUUUUUCUUUCGCUUUUUUCUUUCGCUUUUUUCUUUCUUCUUUUUCUCUCUUAUAUAAAAGUGUCAUCUUUCUUUCUUUCUUUCUUUCUUUCUUUCUUUCUUUCUUUCUUUGUGUCCAAUUUUUCGUCAUAUGUUUAUUUUCUGUUGACUUUCUUCUUUCUUUAUUUCUCGACUGA